GAGGUGUACAAAUAGGAAUGAAAUGAACCCACAAGUUCAAUAUCCAGAUUCUUGCCUCAAACUACUGCCAUGAAGAUAAUAGAAUUGAAGGUCUGCAUCGCCUGCCAGAAAUGCAAGACUCAGAUACUGAAAGCAGUCGCAAAACUUAAAGGUAUUGCAGAAAUAUCUGUGGAUGAACAGAAGGGGAUACUGAAGGUGGUUGGGGACGUUGAUCCAAUUCAAGUAGCAAAGCAAGUGAGGAAGACUGGGAAGACCGCAGUUUUCGGCAGUGUUAGCGAACCAAAGCCUGCAAAUCCUCCUCCAGAGAAGCCUAAGCCUGCAAAUCCUCCUCCAGAGAAGCCUAAGCCUGCAAAUCCUCCUCCAGAGAAGCCUAAACCUGCAAAUCCUCCUCCAGAGAAGCCUAAGCCUGCAAAUCCUCCUCCAGCUCCUCUGCCUUCUUGCUGCAGUGCCUGCUGCCGCCUUGUCGAGGUGCGCUAUGAGCCUUAUGGUGGCACCAACUGCUCCAUUAUAUGAGAGAAAAGCCAUGCAACUGCUAGCAGGAUCUGUUGAUUCGGCCAAGGGAUUCCAUGCUAGAUCUUCUGCAAACAGUUUAUCAUCAUUCUGUAGAGCUAAAUAAGAUGGCACCUAGCCGCUUGUGAGUUCGGUUGAGAUGUCUGCAGGCUUCAAAAGUUGACCGGUGACCUGGGUUUCACGAAAUUACAGCAUAAUAUUCACAUUUUGAAAAUUACACUGACCUGCCAUCCACUAGAUGGGCCGUUAAGAAAUUCAAAUGGGUAUAUAUAAUGAAAAUCUAACAGCAAGGGUAAUCCAGUACAGCCUUUGAACAGUAAGGGUAGUCGGCGUAAUUUUGAAAGGUGAAGAAUACUCCUUUUAUUUAUUUACAGCAAGCACCAUGUUAUUGGUAUAUCAAAAGUUAUAUCUUGAACUACAUAAUAUAUGUAAAAUAUCAAAAAUACCUCUUACACCCCAUCGCCUUGCACCUCGCCUCGCCGCCUCACCAUU